AUGGCUGACUCUGGGAGCAGAGGAAGGAUGCACCGCCCCUUGAGCCUCACUUGUUCCCUGAUCAUUAUGGGAAUAUGCUGUGUUUCUCCUCUCUUCUGUCAUAGCCAGACAGACCUGCUGGCUCUGAACCAAGCUGAUCCUCAGUGCUGGGAAUCCUCUUCAAUGCUCCUCUUGGAAAUGCGGAAGCCUCGCAUUUCCAACACAGUUUCAGGCUUCUGGGAUUUUAUGAUCUACCUGAAGUCAUCAGACAACUUGAAGCAUGGGGCGCUGUUUUGGGAUCUGGCCCAACUCUUCUGGGAUAUCUAUGUGGACUGUGUCCUUUCCAGGAACCAUGGCUUAGGAAGGAGGCAAUUGGCUGGAGAGGAAGACAGAAUCCCAGCAGCACAUUCAGGGCACACAAGAAGCAAACAAGGUGCAUAUUCUCAGCUUCUCCGAACACCUCUCCUGAAGAAGAAAGAGUUGGUUGAAGAGCUGAUGCACAUGUAUGUGCCCAGGAGUGGAUCUAGGCUCAUUGGAAAAGUGACCAGCAGUCUGAGAAUAAAGAGAAAAUAA